CUCAAAUUCAUCGAAAAAUAUCUCCUUAAUUUCAAUUUUCUCGAAAAAACCCUAAUUUAUUUAUUAUUCAAUUCAUUUCCUGGAAAAAAAAUCUUCAAAAAAUCUUGUCUGUAAUGGAACCAAAUGAAAGUGGACUAACGUCUUACUACCACUCACAACUACAACCAUGCUCCACUCUCUCUCCUCCUAAUCCACCUUCCGCCACCACUGCCGUCGCUAAUUCUCCUUCGAAUAAUGGAAUCUCCGACGGUACAGCUAGUGCACUUUAUCCUCAAUCCGUCGCUGGUAAAGCGCCGCCAACUAUGGAGCGUCGUAAAAGAGGGAGGCCCAGAAAAUAUGCUACACCUGAAGCUGCUGCCAUUGCUAAAAGAACUGCUAUUCCUAUGAAGCGUAAAGAACUACAGCAGAAGCAUUUCAUUCCUGGGUCCUCUUGUCAUUCCUCUUCGGCUUCUUCUAAGAAAUCCAAUUUGGAUUCUGUUGGUGGUCAGGGUUUAACUGUUCAUGUUAUUAAUGUGGUUGCUGGAGAGGAUGUGGGCCAGAAAAUUAUGUUAUUCAUGCAACAAUCAAGAAAGGAGUUGUGCAUCCUGUCAGCAUCUGGUUCUAUCUCGAAUGCUUCUCUUCGCCAACCAGCCACAUCUGGAGGCAGUAUAGCUUAUGAGGGACGUUUUGACAUCAUUUCGCUUAGUGGCUCUUAUGUCCGCUCAGAUCUUGGUGGGAAAGCAGGGGGGCUUAGUGCAUGCCUGAUCAACACAAAUGGACAGAUUGUCGGAGGUGGCGUAGGUGGUCCUUUGAUUGCUGCAGGCCCUGUAGAGGUCAUCGUUGCUACCUUUCUGAUUGACCCCAAAAAAGAUUCUGGUGCUGGCUUCAAAAGUGAUGUUUCUGCUAGUACGAUACCUUCACCAGUUUCGGCUUCAGCUGCAGUUUACCGUCCAGUGGUUGAAUCUUCGGGAGGAUUUACCGUGUCUACUGGGGGUGAUGAUCAUCAGAGUAUGGAUGGGAAUCCUUUUUUGAUUCAAAAUCAGUGGAGCAGUGGACUUAAUUAUGACUUAGGAGGCUACCCAUAUCAGCAAGGUGCAUCUUCUUUUCAAGGGAGCUCAUUUGCUAAGAACUCUAAAGUUAAGUGUGUUCGGUGGGGAGCAAUCUUAGGAUGGGUGACCUUUUAGGAAGUGCACUGAAAGGACUUGUGUUGGUCUGUGGGGGCAGCCACAGCCUUCGUGGGUAGUCAUCGACAGUUCGAUGGGGCCGGAGUAUUACAAUAAUAAUUUAAAUUAAUAAAAAACUACGAUAUUUGUAGAUGAUAUCUAACGCUUUCGCAUACCCAUUUUUGUAUCUUUGGUUGCAUAGUCUCUAUUUCUUUAUGGAUUGAGCUCCUCUUAGUUUUCGAACAUUAAGUUUUGUUUUCAAGAUGUUAAUAAAAGUACGAUUUUUGUAG